AUGGGUGACGAAAGAAUAAAUUUGGAUUAUAUAUCGAAAUGGCGUUGGGCACUCGCGCAAAUGGCACAAUACUGCAUUGAUAAUCGACUGAGAACACCGUUGGGAAAACCUGCGGAAACGUUUUUAAAAUUUGAAAGUAAUUCGGAUAUUAUGUUCCUUUUUCUUAUUCGAAAGUGUCCGUACAUCAUUCUGAACAAACAGUCAACUUAUAGUUUUGACUUGUAUGGACGUGGAUCGUGUGGUGAUGAAAAAAAAGCUGAACUUAAAAAAAAAGCUAAACCUUAA